AAGGCAUGAAAGGAAAACAGGAGGAGAGAUGCAGAAGGAAUGGGGGAAAGAGAAAAUGAGAGAAGGGGGGUUGAUGAGAGAAAAACGGGAGGAGGGGGCCCAGUUUCCAUCUCUCACCGCAGGAAAUCUGAGUGUGGUUUAAAUGCAAGCAAGUCCGAGUCACUUUUCGCAGUUUACUUGUGUGUGAGGAACAUCCAGCAGCAUGAGCAGCCAUGUGGAGCAUCCUGCUGCAGGCUACAGGAAGAUCUUUGAGACAGUGGAGGAGCUGAACGAACCUAUACCUGCUAAGAUCUCUGGUGUGAUACCUUCAUGGCUGGGCGGCAGUCUUCUCAGGUUGGGUCCAGGUCUUUUCGAGGUGGGAGAUGAACCUUUCUACCACCUGUUCGAUGGACAGGCUCUCAUGCACAAGUUUGACCUGAAGGACGGUCAGGUGACCUACUACAGGAAGUUCAUCAGGACGGAUGCGUACGUUCGCGCCAUGACAGAGAACAGGAUAGUCAUCACUGAGUUUGGAACAGCAGCCUACCCAGACCCCUGCAAAAACAUCUUUUCCAGAUUCUUUACUUACUUCAGAGGCAUUGAGGUGACUGAUAACUGCUUGGUGAACGUCUAUCCAAUCGGUGAGGACUUCUACGCCGUCACAGAGACCAAUUACAUCACCAAAGUUGAUCCUGAUUCCCUGGAGACUUUAAAGAGGGUGGACCUGUGUAAGUACGUCUCAGUGAAUGGGGUGACUGCGCACCCCCACAUUGACUCAGAUGGUACAGUCUAUAACAUUGGCAACUGCUUUGGCAAGAACAUGAGUCUGGCUUACAGCAUUAUCAAGAUCCCCCCGGCUGAGAAAGACAGUUCAGAUCCACUGGAGAAAUCCCAGGUUGUUGUUCAAAUACCCAGCAGUGAGAGGUUAAAACCCUCCUACGUACACAGUUUCGGUAUGACAGACAAUUAUUUUGUGUUUGUGGAGCAGCCGGUGAAGAUCAACCUGCUCAAGUUCCUGUCGGCUUGGAGCGUCAGAGGAGCCACAUACAUGGACUGCUUUGAAUCCAACGACACUAUGGGGACAUGGUUCCACCUGGCCACUAAGGACCCAGCAGAUUACCUGAGCAGCCACAAGUUCAGAACAUCAGCUUUCAACGUCUUUCACCAUAUCAACACCUACGAGGAGCAGGGAUUCAUCGUGGUUGACCUCUGCACGUGGAAAGGUCAUGACUUUGUGUACAACUACCUGUACCUGGCCAACAUCAGGGAGGAGUGGGAGGAAGUGAAGAAAGCAGCGAUGAGAGCGCCUCAGCCUGAGGUCAGACGAUACGUACUGCCGCUGGAUAUACACAGGGAAGAGCAGGGAAAGAAUCGGGUGUCUCCCUACACCACAAGCACAGCUGUCCUUCACAGAGAUGCCAUCUGGCUCGAACCGGAAGUCCUCUUUUCUGGACCUAGACAGGCCUUUGAGUUUCCCCAGAUCAACUACUCUCUGUGUCGUGGAAAGAAGUAUUCCUUUGCCUACGGUCUGGGACUCAACCACUUCAUCCCUGACAGGAUAGUCAAGCUGAACGUGCAGACCAAACAGACCCGGGUGUGGCAGGAGGAAGAGAGUUACCCAUCGGAACCGCUGUUUGUGCCAACACCUGGAGCCACAGAGGAGGACCAUGGUGUGCUGCUGAGCAUCGUGGUGAAGCCGGGUGCAGAGAGACCAGGCUUCCUGUUGGUGCUGGAUGCCGUGACAUUGACAGAGCUGGCCAGGGCCGAGGUCAACACCAUCAUCCCCGUGACCUUGCACGGCAUGUACAAACCAUGAUCCACACGUUCACCCCAACCCAGCCGAGACACGUCCUUAAAUAGGCUACGCCACCUGUCAGCCAACUUCUUCUUAUAGACAGACAAUUGAACAGCGUCUUGUAGCUGGUGGAUAAGAACAGUGCCUGUGUACAGAGAGUUUACUAUGCUUUUGUUAAAAACACCAUUCACAUUUAGUCCACUGAAAAUGGUUUAUUUUAUAAUUAAUAUAGCACCGGCAUAUUUGUAAAACCCUUCUGCUAAAGCGAGGGCAAGAAUUAAAUAAAGUUUUUUCUGCAACAUGUAUUGUACAAAGCUAUUCACAUUUAUAUUUGUUUCAAUGAAAUAAAAACAAUUACGUGA